AUGCCACUGGACCAGAUGACUGUCCGUGGCUUGGAGCUGCUCCCACUGGCGCUGCGCGAGGGGGCGAGCCUUCCCUUCGACCAGCACCUACCAGAUGGCGAGCUUCACCUGGACGUGGCGCGGCGCUGUGGUGGCUGUCACCUACACGCCGAGCUCCUGGCUGCCAAGGAGUGGAUGGUGCAGGAGCUCUUCCGGGAAGCCCUCCGGCAGUCGCCCUGCGCACCGACCCUUGGAGACGGCAAGAGCCAAGGGGGGGUCCUGGCCGCCGUCUCCUUCACGCAGUUCGGCGCCACCGAGGUCCCGAUGGCCAGGGCUGCCCUGGCGGCGCCGAGCGGCUCCUCCUCCGCCUGCGUCCGGGCGCACGCGCUGAAGGUGGCGCAGGACAGGCACAGGGCCCAGGACUACCCGCGCUCCGACCGCGAACCCAGCGCCACGGCGCUGGCCCCGGGCCCGGCGUUCCAGCCGCUGAUCGUGGCGGCCCCGGGCGGCGCAGCCUCGGCCACGCCGAGGCGGCACGGCGCGCGCUACGCCAGCGUGACGCCCCGUGCACGGGUCAACUCCGACGCGGGUGCCACGAUCUCGUGCCCGCCGGCCCGUCAGGCCGCGCACAGGCUCCAGCUGCAGUCACCCGAAAGGGCGGGGCACGAGGAGCCCCAGGAGGCGCCGGAGGAGCUGGGUGGCCUGCCGUCGCUGGCGCCGCGCGGCGCGGCCAUCAGCAGGCACACCAGCCCGACAGGGCGGCUGCCAGUCUUGGGCACGGCGGGGCGGGCCGCCACCUUGAGCGAGGAGGCCUCCCUGCACAGACGCCUCAAGUUCGCCUCGACGCAGCCAGAGAUCCCCAUGCCUGGGCGCUUGAUGCCACUCUGGCCAGGCUAG